GGCACACUAACGUCACCGCAGAAGAAGAGUUGUGUUGUAAACACAAAGAUAUGGCCGACGAGAGGGGAAGAGGUGAAGACGACGUCAACGACAACAUGGGAAACCAGUUACAGCUCUUACCAGACAACGAGGCAGAGGAGGAGGUUGAGGAGGGAGAUGACAUGGAGACAGAAGACCGAGACAACGAGGAGGCAGAGAAGCCCACCAGCAUCACCUUUGACCCCAGUCUGCCCACGUCCCACGCUUACCUGGGUUCAGACAUGGAGGAGUUUCACGGCCGCACAGUCCACGAUGAAGACAGCUGCCAGACCAUCCCUGUGCUGCCCCACACGGCCGUGAUGCUGGUCCCGGGUCAGACGCUGCCUCUGCAGCUCUUCAGGCCGCAGGAGGUCAGCAUGAUGCGCGGCAUCGUCCAGAGAGACCGCACCUUCGCUGUGCUCUCACACAGCGGUGAAGCAGGUGAGUCGGAGGCAGAGUUUGGGACAACAGCUGAAAUCUAUGCAUACCGAGAAGAGCAAGAAUAUGGCAUUGAAACUGUCAAAGUGAAAGCUGUAGGCAGGCAGAGAUUCAAGGUCCAUGAGAUAAGAACUCAAGCAGAUGGGAUCAGACAAGCCAAAGUACAGAUCCUUCCAGAAAGAAUCCUUCCAGAUCCCCUCUCUGCGGUACCCCCCCUGUACAAGCUGCACAUGCACCCCUCCUCCAAGCCUCCGACUCAGAGCUGCAAACAGGCCCAAUGCUGGUGGAAUAACUACCAGCAGAGGAAGUUUCACUGUGCCAGUCUGACGGCAUGGCCGCCCUGGGUCUACGGACUCUACGACUCUGAGUUGCUGAUGAACAGAGUGAAGAAACAGCUCCAUGAAUGGGACGAGAAUCUGAAGGAUGACUCUCUCCCUAAGAACGCCGUAGACUUCUCCUACAGAGUGGCGGCUUGUUUGCCCAUAGACGACACUCUGCGGCUGCAGCUGCUGAAGAUCGGCAGUGCCAUCCAGAGACUUCGCUGUGAGCUGGACAUCAUGGACCGGUGCACAUCACUGUGCUGUAAGCAGUGCCAGGACACUGAAAUCACCACAAAAAAUGAGAUCUUCAGCUUGUCUCUGUACGGACCCAUGGCUGCAUACGUCAACCCUCACGGUUACGUCCAUGAAACUCUGACCGUCUACAAAGCCAAUAACCUCAACCUGGUCGGCCGGCCGUCCACACUGCACAGCUGGUUUCCAGGGUACGCCUGGACUAUUGCUCAGUGCCGAACCUGCGGGUCUCACAUGGGCUGGAAGUUUACCGCCAGCAAGAAGGACUUGAGUCCACCUCGUUUCUGGGGUCUGACCCGCUCAGCUAUGCUCCCCCGUAUUCCCCAUGGCGAAGGGGAGGAGGGGAGACAGGGCUCUCGUCUAUUCUGCCUGUGAUGUUGAGACGUCGGUAAAGAUCUCUCCCAGGCCUGGAUCUUCAUGCGCUGUGUGGCUUUACACUUAGUGAUGGAUGCAUCACAACGCCGCCUGUGACCCGUGGCAUCAAAUUCAUUAUAUGAGAAAAGUUCAUCAGUCUUUAAAAGGCCACUUUGAGAGUAAAUUAGAACAGCGGGAAGGCAAAGCGGUUGUUUUCAAAAGUGUUUGGUAACAGAUUGAUUCCUUUAGCUUCCUAUAAAGCAGCUUGCUGACCUGCGCCGCCGUCCAGCGGAUUCCUUGGUAGCUGCAGAGACACAAACACAGUUUCCCUUUGAACUCCUUUCCUCUAUCUGAAGGAGAGUUAGACUGCAUGCAGGUGAGAUAGACAUAUUGUCGGUCACCUACUUUAAGCUGUUGUUCAACCAAACAGAAAAUAUAUAUAUAUUCACUUCGCACUCAGAUCCUUUGUGGGUUUAUCAAAUAUGGUUUUUGAUGUCAGCUGCUGUAGGUUUGAGAGGGCAUGUGUGUGUAAAUCGGUUUCUAUGAGGAAUAUUUUGAAUCUCUGAAUCAAAUCUGAUGUAUUUUUGUAUGGCGAAAGGUUGGAAAGUAAUUGACCUACUCAUCCAUGUGUGCUUUCUAUUAUUACACCAGUUUUUAUACAAUAAACAAGAAACUGAGGGCAUCAAUGACAAUGUGUAAUACUGCUAUUACAUAAUUGCUGUCUGGUUAGUGUUCACCCAAAGCUAAUGGUCCUGUCAGGUGAUGUGUUUCGUGUAACAAGAAAGUGAAAAUUAGAAAUCUCUUCUAAUUAAGAGAGUGAGAAAAGCAUUUACCUGUCCUCAUUCACUCAGUCCAUGCUAGUUUGAAUGGUUAAAUGCUGUGCCUAUGCCCCAUCUCGGUGUCUUUUGAAAGCUUUGAUGAAUCAGUGAGCCAGAGACGUGAUUGGAAGAUUGUAAAUGAUGAAAGUGAUGAGGUUAAGAUGUUUUUUUUAAUGUUGUUUUUCUUUUUUGCGAGGUGCUGUUUGUAUGAAUAUUGCUGUAAAUAUGAGGCAGAAGUGUUGUGCAACGUACCUGGUGUUCUACAGUUUGUAGAAUUGGACUCUUAAGUGUCUCUUUGUGUCACAUAGAAUUGUUUUGAAAUAAUCUUUUCAUCAGUAAGUCAUCGAUGGCAAUACUAAAUCACUCAGAAUGUGAAGGUUUUCCUAAUUUAGUGUUUUGGGAUAUUGAAAUAAAGGAAUAGACUCGGCCUUUACAAAUACAAAUAUAAGGCUUUUGUCACAUCAUCCUCA